GCCUUCCGCCGGUAUUGCGGAGGUCGUGCCCUUACAAAAUGGCGGCGGCGGCGGCGGGGCUCUGCCCGUACCGGGCGCUGCUCGCCCGCCGCGGCGGGGCUCUGCGGGCUCUCUGCGGCUCCGUGCGGGGCCUCGCCGCGGGGCCGGAGACGCACUUCGGCUUCCAGACCGUGACGGAGGCGGAGAGGAGGGAGAAAAUUUAUCAUGUCUUUGAAAGUGUGGCCAAGAAAUAUGAUGUAAUGAAUGAUUCAAUGACUUUAGGGAUUCAUCGAGUGUGGAAGGAUAUCCUCUUGCAUAAAAUGAACCCUUCUCCUGGAACACUUCUUCUUGAUGUUGCUGGAGGAACAGGUGACAUAGCCUUUCGAUUUAUUAAUUACGUUCGCUCUGCACGAGAACGCCAGCUCCAGCGGAAGCUUAAGCACCAUCAGAAUUUAUCGUGGCAGGAAAUUUCUGAGAGUUACCAGGAAGACAAAUUUAAGUCGCUAGGGGAUUCCCAAGUGGUGGUCUGUGACAUUAACAAAGAAAUGUUAAAAGUUGGGAAGCAGAAAGCACAGCAUCUUGGCUACUCCGAAGGUUUGUCCUGGGUGCUUGGGAAUGCUGAAGAGUUGCCCUUUGAUGAUGAUAAGUUUGAUGUUUACACAAUUGCCUUUGGAAUCCGAAAUGUAACUCGUAUUGAUUUGGCACUUCAGGAGGCCUAUCGUGUGCUGAAACCAGGAGGAAGAUUCCUCUGCCUUGAAUUUAGUCACGUCAGCAACCCUCUUCUUUCCAGGCUCUAUGAUCUAUACAGUUUCCAGGUUAUCCCUGUUCUGGGUGAGGUUAUCGCUGGUGACUGGAAGUCUUACCAGUAUCUUGUGGAGAGCAUCCGACGUUUCCCCCCUCAGGAGGAGUUGAAGGCAAUGAUAGAAGAUGCAGGCUUUUUUAAAGUGGAUUAUCAGAAUUUAAACUCAGGCAUUGUUGCCAUUCACUCAGGUUUCAAACUGUGAGUCUACUAUGUAGCAAAACACAGGAAGUGUAAUUUUCCUGAGGAAUAUGAAAGCUGUGGAAUUUUAACGCCAUCAAGAUUGAAGAGGAGUUUUAAGAACUUUGUGCAGUCAGACCCAGAAGAACGUCAGCUGCCUCUUCUCUCCCAAGAAACUUGCAGAUGGAGUGACUCCUGUGGUGUUUCUUACACUUGCAUUUCCCUUCAAGCGCAGCAUAAAGGACAUGGACAAAACUCAGCAAUGCUAACAGAUGAAGCAACUUCAGUUACCAGUGAUGUGGAUACAGAAAUAGACUGAGUAGCCUUGGAAUAAGAUGCCUCCUGUUUUUUUACUAAGCUUCAGGGAGGGUAUUAUACCAGUGAGAAGUAAUUUGGAUUUAUUACAUUUUUAUUAAGCUAUCAUUAUCUUUGUCAUGUGGACUUCAAGGGAUUUUUUUUCCCAUGAUUCCUUUACAUCUUUCAAAGGCAAAUGGAAGGCUUGUGAAAUAAAACAGCUCUGGGUCAA